UGCCCCCCUCCUCACCCUCUCCACUUCCGUCUUCCCGAUCUUUGCGUUCCGGCUCCGAUCCACCGCAGCACCGCACCGCCGCGAGCACGUCGGGUGCCGGUGCGGCAGGCGAGAUCCGAGGGCAUCCCUCCCCCGCACCCCUCCCGAAUGGCCGCCGCCGGCCGCAGAUAGAGAGAGGCGCAGGCGGGGCGUGCAGAUCCAGAUCCGGUGGGCGGGCGUGGACGAGAUCGCCCCCACCACCAUGGCGGGCGCGGUGUCCGCGCUCUUCCUGCUGGACAUCAAGGGCCGCGUCCUAGUCUGGCGCGACUACCGCGGCGACGUCUCCGCGCUCCAGGCCGAGCGCUUCUUCACCAAGCUCCUCGACAAGGAGGGAGAUGCGGAAGUGCACUCGCCGGUGGUCUACGACGACGCUGGCGUCACGUACAUGUUCAUCCAGCACAACAACGUCUUCCUCCUCACCGCAGCCCGCCAGAACUGCAACGCGGCCAGCAUCCUCCUCUUCCUCCACCGCGUCGUAGAUGUGUUCAAGCACUACUUCGAGGAGUUGGAGGAGGAGUCGCUCAGAGAUAACUUUGUCGUCGUGUACGAGUUGCUUGAUGAGAUGAUGGAUUUUGGGUACCCACAAUACACGGAGGCGAAGAUCUUGAGCGAGUUCAUCAAGACAGACGCCUACAGGAUGGAGGUCUCGCAGAGGCCACCCAUGGCUGUGACAAAUGCUGUGUCAUGGAGAAGUGAGGGGAUCCGGUACAAGAAGAAUGAAGUCUUCUUGGAUGUAGUGGAGAGUGUUAACAUUCUAGUUAACAGCAAUGGGCAGAUUGUGAGAUCAGAUGUUGUUGGGGCACUGAAGAUGAGAACAUAUUUGAGUGGAAUGCCAGAGUGCAAACUUGGCUUGAAUGAUAGGGUUCUUUUGGAGGCUCAAGGCCGAGCAACUAAAGGGAAAGCGAUAGACCUUGAUGAUAUCAAAUUUCAUCAGUGUGUACGUUUGGCUAGAUUUGAGAAUGAUAGAACUAUAUCCUUCAUACCUCCUGAUGGAUCUUUUGAUCUAAUGACGUACAGGCUUAGCACUCAGGUAAAACCUCUUAUCUGGGUGGAAGCACAAAUCGAGAAACACUCUAGAAGCCGUAUAGAACUCAUGGUGAAGGCAAGGAGUCAGUUCAAGGAAAGGAGCACGGCAACAAAUGUGGAAAUUGAAGUGCCUGUUCCUUCAGAUGCCACAAACCCAAAUAUAAGAACUUCAAUGGGUUCUGCUGCAUAUGCCCCUGAGAGAGAUGCAAUGGUCUGGAAAGUAAAAUCAUUUCCUGGUGGCAAGGAAUACAUGUGCAGAGCAGAAUUUAGUCUUCCUAGCAUAACAGCGGAAGAAGGUGCCCCAGAAAAGAAGGCGCCGAUACGAGUGAAAUUUGAGAUACCGUAUUUCACCGUAUCAGGCAUUCAGGUUCGGUAUCUGAAGAUAAUUGAAAAGAGUGGUUACCAGGCACUUCCCUGGGUUAGAUACAUUACAAUGGCUGGUGAAUAUGAGCUGAGACUUAUAUGAGUUAUCUCUUUUCUUGCUGCUGGAAGACACCGAUGAAACCGUAAGACUCUGAAGACAUAUUUGCCCGAUAUGCAGCAAACGGUUUGCAUUCCGAUGUAGCAUGGAAGUUUUCUCCCGAAGCUCUGCCAUACAAGGGUUCCCCCCCUGUGGCUUGUUGUUCAUCUUGUUAGGCUUACCCAUGGUUACUGUAAGUUACCCAUCAAGUAUAGUUUUGGAGAAAAAAAAGGAAACUUUCACUUUUCAGUUCACUUGUAUUAUUAUUGAUUUAUUUUUGUGGGUACCAAACUUGAAUUUGUUUCCUUUUGUAUUACACGGAAAACUUGAGCUGAUUUGAGUUCGACGAAA